AGCACUACUCUUCCCCCCCCCCCCCCUCUCUCUCUCUCUCUCUUCUGCAAAAUCUCUCUCUCUACAUCUUCUCUCUCUUUCUUGAGAGGUUAGCUUGUAGCUGAAGUUUGAUAUCUCUGUGUUUUCUUGAUAAUUUACACCGUUUUCUCUGUCCGCUGGAAUCCCUCUCGAGAAUGGGGAAGAAAGAUCAAACCCAGAAGGACAAAGAGAGAAUUCAAGCCGUUCUUUCUCUCCUCUCCAAACAAGCCCCUCUCUCCCUCAAACAGGAGAAGUUCUGCAACAAAGCUUGCGUGGAGAGGUUUUUGAAAUCGAGAGGUGAUAACGUGAAGAAAGCGGCGAAGCAUCUACGAGCUUGCCUUUCAUGGAGAGAAAGCAUUGGCACCGACCAUUUGAUAGCCGAUGAGUUCUCCGCCGAACUCGCCGACGGCCUAGCCUACGUCGCUGGCCAGGACGAAGAAUCCCGACCCGUCAUGAUUUUCCGGAUUAAGCAAGACUACCAGAAGUUUCACUCCCAGAAACUGUUUACUCGGCUCCUGGUUUUUACUCUAGAGGUUGCCAUUCAAACCAUGCCCAGAAACGUUGAACAGUUCGUUCUUCUGUUCGAUGCGAGCUUUUACAGAUCGGCAUCAGCUUUCAUGAACAUGCUGCUGGCGACGCUCAAGAUAAUGGGCGACUACUACCCUGGCCGCCUUCACAAGGCCUUUGUCAUUGAUCCUCCUUCCCUCUUCUCUUAUCUUUGGAAGGGUGUACGGCCAUUUGUGGACCUCUCGCCAGCGACCAUGGUGGUUUCGUCGCUGGACUUCGAAGAGUCCUUAGAAUUCAACGACUUCUCGUCGUACCCGCGAGCCUCGUCCCUCCGAUUCGACCCCUCGUCGGUCCCAUCAACGGCCAAGAUAGGCUCUUGCUCCUCCUCCCGCUUCUCCUUCACUGUCUCCCACCACUUCGACUCUCUCAAGCCCUGGUACCUCUCCUUCACCGACACGCCGACAUCCAAAGUCGGCCCCACAGCCGCCGCAAAUUCUCUUCUCGGCCCGGCGCUGAUCUCCCCACUCAACGCACGCUCCCUCUCCUUCGCCUCGCCAGUCGCCCGGACGCCGCCCUGCAAUCUCGGCGCCGGUAAAAAGGGCUUCUUCCCGUCGACGCCACUCCCCCAGAAGACCCAGAAACUGGACCCCGCGAUGGUAACCCAUCCGAGGACCCCGAAGCCGUCGUUCCUCCACUCGCCGGCGACGUUCUUCAGGAGGGACUGUCCGCGGUCUGAGAAGUCACGUGACUCGUUCCUCCCCUACCUCAAGUUCUACCGCCGGCCGUACGACGAGAUGACUUACCGGUCGAAGAUGAGGCCGCCGCUGGGUGGGCUCAUCUCCAUUGUGUCGCCGCAGCUCCGGCGGCGCCACGCGUCGGUGUCCCAGCGGUUUUGAUGUGAUUGAAACAGUACAUACAUCAAUAUGAAUCAUCCGACAAAUUCAUUGAAAAAUUUUAUUACAAACUGGGCCGUUGAUUUGGAUUACCGAUGCCAUCAACCUAGAAAGGUUGACUCCGUGCCAAACGGGUUGUGAAAAGAAGAUAGCGUGGUCGAGACGGCGAACAUUGCCUUGGAAAUUACUAUUAAUGGAGAACUGAAAUCCUCGAAGGACAAGGCUUUGGAGAAAUCUUUGUUUCAAUAUUCAAGCUCUUAGCUAGUAUUGUUAUUAUUAUUAUUAUUAUUAUAAUCUUUGGUUGCUGUUAAUGUGAAGAUCUUAGUCAGUUUAAGAGUUUAAUUUUGGGCCUGUGUGGCCUCCAUGCAUGGUUGGACUUUGUUCAUUAUGUUGACAAUAAAAUAUUAGCUAAUUGCAGAGUUUG